AUGGGACGAAAGUUUAAAUCACGUUCGAUACCAGAACAAGACCGACGAAUUUGUGGUGGUAUUUGUUUUUGCCAGUUUACUAUUGUCAUUAGUUGUGUUUCUUUGGUUUAUCUUACUGUCGCUAUAUACAUGCCGUCCCACAGGGCAUUUAACGCAGGUAUCGAUCCUGAACCCGUAAUGUGCCAAACAGUUAAUGCUACACUAGUAAAUUAUUGUGCGUGGGCAAGUUGUGGAGAAUGGUGUUUGACCAAAACGACGGGAUUCUGUCCGCAAAUUCAUGCUACUGUAAGACGCAAUGGCACUGAUUUAAUCUUAGAAAACUGUACUAAGUUUGCUACCGUUUCAUGUCCACAAGUAAAUCUUCUGAAAUUGAAAAGAUACAAUUGCAACAAUGGAAGCGAGUGCGGAUCUCUAACAGGCGUAUUCAAUUGCAGUCUAGGCCAUUGUGCCAAUAUGAGCGAGCUGGUGUUGUGUCACCACAAAGCCGACGGGAUUAUUGUUGACAGCGAGAAAGAUAAUAUGAAACUAAACGGGUUUUUCGACUGUCAAAACUCUAGAUGCACCAAAAUAAAACGUCCCUUCUCCUGUGAUCGCUACUGUCCCAGGAUUAAUUCAAAUAAUGUUAAUGUUUAUCUGAUGCAAGAUGACAGCAUCAUUACAGCGAGAUGCUCUCGUGCAUUAGCACUCAAUAAGGCUAAUGGGAAUUUACUCGGGACGAGGCUAGAUAGUCCUGUUAAAAUUUGGGAAGAUAGCCUGGGGAAGCCUGUCGAUCCGACGAACGCGUACCUACCCUCUCAGCGCUCACUUACCAUCUACAAUACUUCCAGGCUCUAUAUCAACCUCGAGGGCUGCGUCAACACCCUUCGAGGCGAGUGUCGUGAUUUUUUGCAAACUCACGGACGCGAUGGAGAUAAUCAAACUGCACAGAGCCGAUAUCCUUGUUUCCAUAAAAGGAACGAUUCAUCGUUUGUGGUAGCACGUUUCGACUUGAAUAAAACACGAACAGAACUAUUGAUAGCAACGAUAGUGCCAUCAGUAUUAUUCAUAAUAAGUUUCCUGACACUCGUAAUAAUAACGCGGUCAGUGCAAGUCGGUGAUGACACUAAAAUGCGAUGCAGGUACUGCACUGAGCGACAAGUGCGUGAGGGUGAAGACGAAGGGCUAGUACAAGCAAGCUCUGGAUCGACAACUCAAGCCAACUCCACAGCAACAGAGAUACGUAGUAUGGCUCUUUAG